AUGUCUUUCUCAGCGCCAGUUCGGCCUGACAUGCUCGCACUACUUUAUGGCCAACACCAAAGCUACACCGCAGAGCUCGGGCAGACUCACCAGAAACUGAGUAAGCAGUACAAGAAAAUGUCUAAGGUCGAGCGAGUCCUUUCCGAAAGACAAGAUCGACAUCUGUCUAGGGAGGAGAGAAAAAAGUGGCAGUACUCUCGCGUCUUGACCAAGCGCAACAUCGCGGUCAUGGAAUUUCAGCAAGCGAGACUUCAUGACAUGCUGAGACAAUGUAACGAUCUGAUUGCGUCCUUCGAACAUGGCGGCGGCGCAACCCACAAUUCUCCGAUGACUCCUUGGGGUGCAGCGGCAACGGAUCUAUCGUCCCAGCAACUUCCACCAUCUCCAUUUCUGUUCACGCCAUUCAGCCCGAUCGCCUUCUCUCCGUAUACUGCGGUGCCAGCAUUCCCGCACAGACCUAGCUUUGGUGGCGCUUCUACUUCUGCCGAAGGCAUACCGCAAUACUGGGACUUGUCCAUGCUGUCGGAACCACAGCGUGAGAGAAGACUAAGUUCGCCCUAUGCUACCGGAUCUUCCGCCGCCGAUAGUGGCUUCUACGAGCCACAUGCAUUGCGGCACGGAGUGGGGAACAGCCUCAAUGAAGAUGCCCCUGCCACUGACGCACGAGGCCAUGUGUACGCCCACGAGUUGAUGUCUCCUCUUGCUCCUGAGUUUGUGUUCGGAGGUGGCGACAGCCAUGAACUUCACUCGCCCAUCUCUUCGGCUACUUCUGGAAUCACAGAAAGGGAUCAAGUGCCGGAUUUGGUGAUCCUAUCGCCUGCCAAGCUGGGUGCAUCGACGGAAAAUGCAAAGAUAAACUCUCACAAGCGGUGUUACUCUGAAAAUGCUAUUCAGCUUGACAAUGACAGCCACCUGGCCACGCCCGUGGCUUCAUCUGUGACCAAGCGAGGCACCAGUGUUGGGCCCGCUCCGGUCGGGAGGAAGAUAAUGCGCGAGGAUGAGCAAUGCGAUGGACGCCAGGAUGUGGGGACGACGACGACGGAAGAGUAG